GCGCGGAGUCAGCCGUCUGUGUUUUUUAGAUACAGACUGUUUUUUGGAAUCAACAACAAAAAGAUGGCGAUCGCCGCUGCAGCAGUUGACGCUUUGGUAAAAGAGUACCUAAUUUUUCGUGGCUUUACCACGUCAUUAAAGAGCUUUGAAAAUGAUAUCAAGCUAGAUAGAAACAAGAGUUUUAAGGUAGAGUGCAUCGUAGACCAAUUUUCAUCUUUCAUUCAAACAUACGAUAUUAUUGGUUUAAAGCAUUAUUGGAAAUAUUUUGAUAAAUCUUACUUUUGUCAUCUUGGACAUGAUACGUACAAACUAAUUAAACGACUGGAAACAUGUGUUCUUCGUUUAUAUGUUGUGCAUGCACUGCAAACAAAUAAAAUUGAGAAAGUUUCUGAAUUCUUCGAGAAGUAUAUUGUCGAGUUACAGCAUGAAGAAUCGUGGAAAGAUUGGUUUGUACUACCUUACAUGAGAAACCCAGAGCAAAACAAAUCAUUUACAAUAUAUUUCACAAAAAUAUGGCAAGAAUCUGUGAUGUUAUCUCUAGCGAAUUGUUUGAACACAAUAUUUACUCAUAUGUCCUUGCCCGCAUUAUUAAAUUUUGAGAAAGAAAGAGCAAACCUAACUUACCUAAAUGAAGAAAGGAUAAAAUUAAAAGAGCAAAUAGAUGUUCUGCAGGAAGAAAUUGCAUAUUUUCGAAAGGAGAGUCAACUUGGAAAAGUGAGUUGUGCUUCACAGACAAAUGAUAAUAACAUGGAUGUUCAAGAUAACUCCAAGGGUAGACGAAAGUCUCCGCUAGCCAGGCCAAGAUUUGGCUGGAAGCUUUUGGGCUCAAAAGAUAAAGAUAACAAAACUUCACAGAAAGACAAUGAUCUCUGUGACAAAGCAGUGGAAACAAACCUUCACAAGUCGUUAGAUGAGACGGCGCUACGCAAGCAAAAAGGUUUACUGACUGGCAGUGCUAUGACUACUACAGAUAAUUCAUUGUCAUCAUCUGACAAAGAAAAGGAUACAUCAUCAAACAGUUCCACUUGUUCUGCUCAAGAUGAGGAAGUAAAUUUGGGGUCCACUUUCUAUGCAGCACUGGAAGAUAAAGCUAUACAAAAACCAGGAGAGCCAUUACAAAAAUCAAUUAGUUAUUCAGAAGGGAACAGUAAGAAGCCUUUUUCUUCCAGUACAUCGUCAUACUACGCAGAGAAUAUUACAGAAACUCCAUUCAUUAUCCUUAGUCAGGACGAGUUCAAGGAACACACAUCAGCUAUUGUCUCUUGCAAAUUCUCUGAAAAUAAUAAUUUGGUCAGCAGCUUAGAUUUGGAUGGAAUCCUAAAAAUCUGGCAAUGCUAUCCAACGGUUGCACACUCUUCGUCAAUUAGUUUAAAAGCAGAUAUACUCUCGUUUGAUUGGCUUCCUAAAGCGGAAAGCAGGCUAAUGUUAGGAAAAGCUAGUGGUCAGUUGUCCAUCUAUGAUAUAAACCUGCGAAAAACUAUGUGGGAAUCAUCUGUCAAUCAACGCUAUAAAAGAAUUGUCUCAGUUGCAUGUAAUCCUGUGGCUGCAAGUGGCGUUUGCAGUGCAGCUUCACCUGUGGUUGAAAACAAACGCAACUCAUCGCAUGGAAGUAAAAAUUCUUCGCAAAAAAUGAUCAGGAUGAGGGAGUACACAUCGUUCAAUAGUUCAAAUGCUUCACGACCUGGCUACCUUUCUGUUUGGGACCUUCAAACGGGACAGCAUAAGAAUGAGCUUUGCUUAGACCCAUUUCCUGUAUGUAUCCACUCCCUAUCUUACAAUCAUAAUGGAACGUUGUUAGUCACCGGAGGAGCAGACGGAAUGGUUCGACUAUAUGACGUCCGCAAUUGUGAUUGUUUAAUCGGUUGGCACGCACACUCCACAAAUGUACUCGACGUUAUGUUUGACCCAGAUGAAACUUCUAUAUACAGUAUCGGAGCAGAUGGAAAAGUUUGCGUAUGGGAUAUAAAUAAAGUGAGCUCGAAGAUAGCAGAGUUUCCGUUGCACUUGGGAAGUACUGGUAUCAAGCAUUACUGUAAAUCAGGUGAAUUACAUGUACACAACAUGGAGGAUGUACCGUGCGGCAAACUGUUGGAUUGUGAUUCGGAAGGUCAACAUAUGAUGGCGUGUGGUCCCAGUGGAUUGAUGAUUUACAAGGUUAAACCUAAAACGGAAAUGGAAGAAGUCAUGCAUAUAUUAUCACCUAGCUCAGAAGCGGUGACACUAGACUGGACGUCGUCGCCAAAUUGCUCCACUGCGAUGUGUGGCACAAUAAAGGGAAAUAUACACGUUUCUACCCUGCUGAGAAAAUAGCUGUUCGUAUUUCAAAAUUCUGGCCUCAAUAAUGAUAACAUUAUGAAAGCAGCAAUUAUUUAAACUUGUAGUUUUACAAAUAGAAAUUUUUAACUAAACAUUAUCGUUGUGCGAUUUUAUUUUCAUGCCUAGUGAUUUGAACAAAUUUGUAUGUACAGUUUUUUGUUACCGGACCAAUGUUGGUCAGUUACUAUUUUCAGCUGAACAAACAAUGGUACACUUCAUGGCUAGAAAUAAUGUUUUUCUAGAAAUAGGCCAUGUGUAUGGAACGAAGUGUGAAGAUAUUGAACGAGCUUUUAUUUUUUAUUUUGUUACUUCAGACCGAUUUUUGUAAACGUGUUCUUGGACACACCACUCAACGCUUGAACAUUGACGCUCAACAUGUUCAAUUUGCAUGACCGAAAAGGGGGCGACGUUUGAUAGUUCUUCGCUGAACGGAUCGCCGUUUAAAGGGUUAAAAAGUUUCUUGCUGAGCAUCUCGACGUUUGAUUGGUUAAAAUGGUUCCUCGCUGAACAGUUCGGGGGUUGGCUAUUGUCAACUUUAAAACUGCUAAAGGUAAAACUGCAUGACCAGUAAAAUUGUUAAGAAACAUGUGUGGAUAAAACUUUUGGACCUAUGGUCAAGAACACCUAAAUGAAAACUGGCCUUUAAUUCUCAAAUUAUUUUGUGUUGUAAAUUGGAUUCUUAUUUUAAAAUUUUCUACCAUUUUAGUUGUUUAAUUAUUUUUUUUUUUGCAUUUAAAUAACAUUUGUAAUUUUGAUUAAUAUAAAAAUCUGUAUAGAUUAUAUAAAUGAUAUAUAAAAAAAUGUUUCAAAAAACUGA